AAAUAAAAUAUUACAUUAUUUACAUUAAAUCGUAAACUUAAAGGAACUGUGCCACUACUGACCUAUUGCCCUGUAGCUAUAAAUUCCAACAAAAAGAUAAACGAUUUCUAAUUUUCUUGUUAGUGUAAAGACGUAUGCACUGUAUAUUUGUAUAUUUAGUCUAUUAUGUUACGAAUCAGUGAUCAAUGUUGUUCGUCCGAUUGUGCUGUGUAUACUGCAAUUUAAUUCUUAAAGGCUUAAACGAAUUUCAAUUUUAUUGAUUAAGGUUAUAUAUGAUGAAGUUGAUUUUUAAGUCAUUGGGUACAUUACCCUUACGUAGGUUUCUAUCAACUGUACCCAAACCAUUAAAUCCUGUACAAGAAGCUGCCCUUAAAGAACGUUGUAUUCUUGUUGACCAACAUGACCAAGAGUGUGGAUUUGCUAGUAAACGAGACUGUCAUAAACUCGUAAAUGGAAAUCUUCCGUUACACCGUGCAUUCAGUGUUUUUUUAUUCAAUACCAAGGAUGAACUAUUAUUACAACAGCGUUCAUCGACCAAAAUCACAUUCCCUGAUCAUUAUACAAAUUCUUGCUGCAGUCAUCCACUAUACGAGAUUGAACAUGAGCGCAAAGACCUAGAAGGUGCUAAAGCUGCUGCUUGUCGCAGACUUGUGUUUGAAUUAGGAAUUCCUACAAGCCAGUGUCAACCUAAAGACUUGCAGUAUAUAACUAGAAUAAGGUACAUGUCUGAAGGAGAUGGAACAUGGGGUGAACAUGAAAUUGAUUAUAUAUUUAUUUUACAUAAAGAUGUUUCUUUGAACCCCAAUCCAGAUGAAGUGAGUACUGCCUUAUAUAUUCCCAAAUCAAAAAUGAAUACAUUUUUAAGGAAUUUAAAACAUCCAAUUACACCAUGGUUUAAUCUUAUUGUACAAAACGAAUUGACUAACUGGUGGGACAAUUUAAGAUCUCUAGAGAAAGUCAUGAAUCAUAAAAAAAUUAUUAGUUAUUAAUUAUUUUUUUAUUGCGGGAAACAUUAAUUAAAAUUGGGACUAUA